GUGAUCGAUAACACGUUAUCGGUAGCACGUGACUGAUAACUACUUCUCCGAAAUAGAUCGGCAAGUACCGUUCCAUCGAGACGACAUUGUUCAAUCACCAUACAACGAGGACAGCUUGCCUCUCAUUACCCCGAGGAAUUAAUAGCAAGGCUUCACGCCAGUCACCCCCUCAUAGUGGCCGCCAUGGCUGGUCCCAAUCUGGAAGUUUUCAAGUUCGGCAUGUACAUCAUGUUCCCUAUCGGAAUCAUGUUCUACUACGGCCACAACCUCGACAAGCGCUUCCAAGUCCCCGACUUCUGGCCCAAACCCGAACAGACCCAUAAGAUUCCUUUCGAGCGCGAUGAGAUCAAGAGCGAGUUAGAUCGACUACGGGCGAAGAGGUUAUAUCUCAGGGAGCAGAGGUUGAAGAGAGAGCAGGCCCUCAACCAGAACCAGGAGUGAUGGGUGUCCGAAUAAGAGAGUGACGAGGGAGGACGCGUUGCGGGGCAAUCCGGCUGGGAUGGGCAACAUUGUAUAUCACAGGAGGGGAACAGGCUGCAUAACGGAUUUGAUCGGCAGAAUGCAUUGCAUGGGUGUUGGAGUUUAUGGACAAGGAACUCACAGAGCUCGCAGAAUGGAGAUUGUAGUAACGGACUGAUGUAUGAAAUAGGCUGUCAUAUAUAAUCUUCAAAAACACGCGACAUUACCAGGCUUCCUGUAUAAUGUGCAAUAAACCAUUAGCAAACCGGCUGGAGUAUGUAUGGCGUGCCUUGGGGACAAUUGGGUGUUUUGGCUACCCCAUAUUAUCUCUCUAUUGGACGGGUUCUAGAUUUUAAGGCAGGUACGACUGUCGCGCGCCUGCCCCGCCUGACCGAAAGGCACUGAAGGCAG